GUUUUGGAGUUCCCUACUGAAAUAUAUGGGUUGACUCUUUUCUUCAUUUGCUUUUGAGCUGUUGCCUGUUGGGUUUUCAUUUCAAUUUCUUAUUCAGUUUAUAAUUUUUAAAUUUACCUAGUUAUAAAUGCCACCUCUCUGUUCGCUUCCUUUUUUUUUUUCUUUUUUGCUUUUCCUUUACUGUUUCUCUCUCUGGUUUCCUCCAUUGCAAACCAAGCUUCCCUUUUCCCCAGCUUUUCUUUAGAGGUCCCUCUCUUCUCUCCACACAUACAAAAAGACCCACCAACCGUUUUUACCUAUAUCUUCCUUUUUUGCCCCAAAAAUCACCUUUUUUUUUUUAUUUGUAUUCUCCAUCUAUUUGUACAUAUUUUGCUUUGAAAGAUUAGAUUUUUGUCAUUUCUUUUAAGUUCCUUUCUUGGCCCACUAGAGUAGAGUCACCACUUUGUGCUUCUAAACUACUCUACUCUCUGCAACGGAGGCUUCUGGUUUCUGGGUUUUGGUGGGUUUGUGUUAUUUGAGGUCUACAUUGGCCUAUCUAUGCUUAUUGAAUUUCAGUUCUUUCAAAAAAGAGAAGACCUUUCUUUUCUUUUGUGGGUUCUCAAGGAAGAAGAUCAAGGGGGCUAAUCUCAUAUAUUUCUUUAGAUCGCUGCUAAAGGUGGGCAUGUGUUGAUUUAUUGGCAUUUUAAGCACAACCAUCUAUUACAAUUUUGACCGUGGAGGAUCAGAUAUGUCUUCUGAGAAUUUGAAUGCAGAAUUAUCAAAGAAGACAUCUUUUUUGGGUUUGAAAUUAUGGGUUUUAAUUGGAAUAUCUGUUGGAGUAUUUAUAUUUUUGAUUCUUGGUAUCUUAUCUGUAUGGCUUACAUUUCGUCGGAGAACUAGAAGAUCGAUGGACAAGUUCUCCCUUUCUCAAAUACCAAAUGUGUCGAAGGAUAUUAAGGUUGACAGGGUUGGAGCUCAGAAUUUCAAUGAGCACCCUAAAAGUUUAGUUUUAACAGUCCAUGAUAAAUCAAGUGAUAAGAACUCAGAAAAGAUGAUAAAUCAUUUAGGAAUGAGCAAAUCGAGUGAUCCUGAUAACAUCAGCCAGAGCAGCUCAGUUUAUCAUCAUGAAAGAGGAUUUAGCUCACAUUCAGGGGAAGAGGGAAGCUCUGGGACUGUGCGGAAGCAGUCUUUGUUGUCUUAUGCAGGACUUGUUACAGCCUCCCCCUUAGUUGGCUUGCCAGAAGUCUCACAUCUUGGAUGGGGCCACUGGUUUACACUUAGGGAUCUUGAGUUUGCAACAGACCGCUUUGCAGCAGAGAAUGUCCUUGGUGAGGGUGGUUAUGGGGUUGUUUACAAGGGUAGACUAAUCAAUGGAACUGAGGUAGCUGUGAAGAAGCUUCUUAACAAUCUGGGACAAGCAGAGAAGGAAUUUAGGGUUGAAGUGGAGGCCAUUGGUCAUGUUCGACAUAAAAAUCUAGUACGUCUUCUUGGUUACUGUAUCGAAGGAGUUCACAGGAUGCUUGUGUAUGAAUAUGUGAACAAUGGCAAUUUAGAACAGUGGCUACAUGGAGCUAUGCGCCAUCAUGGUACGCUUACCUGGGAAGCUCGCAUGAAAGUUCUUCUUGGCACUGCCAAGGCGCUUGCUUACUUGCAUGAAGCAAUAGAACCCAAGGUUGUUCAUCGAGACAUAAAGUCAAGCAAUAUAUUGAUUGAUGACGAGUUUAAUGCUAAGGUUUCUGAUUUUGGAUUGGCUAAACUUCUUGGCUCAGGAGAGAGCCACAUCACGACUAGAGUUAUGGGUACAUUUGGUUAUGUUGCACCAGAAUAUGCCAAUACUGGCUUGUUAAAUGAGAAGAGUGACAUUUACAGCUUUGGUGUCCUGCUACUAGAAGCAGUUACUGGAAGGGACCCUGUGGACUAUGCCCGGCCUGCUAAUGAGGUCAAUCUUGUAGAGUGGCUAAAAAUGAUGGUGGGUACAAGAAGAGCUGAGGAAGUAGUGGAUCCAAAUCUUGAAGUUAAUCCAACAACUCGAGCUUUAAAGCGUGCUCUUUUGGUUGCACUACGGUGUGUUGAUCCUGAUGCAGAAAAGAGACCUAAAAUGAGCCAGGUUGUGCGAAUGCUUGAAGCAGAUGAGUACCCAUUUCAUGAGGAUCGGAGGAACAGAAAGAGUCGCACGACAAGCAUGGAAAUUGAAUCGAUGAAAGAAUCAAAUGACAUCGAGAACAAGGUGGGAGAUUCAGAGAGCACUGCCAAUGAGAUAAAUCUUGGAAAGAAGUAACAAACAUGAUGCAGGAGAAUUACUGCUUUCACACAUUAUUAGAAUCAAAAGAAGGAUGCUCAUCGCAAACAGACAGCUAAAAGUUCAUAUGUUUUGGAAGUGUCGUGUGCGUAGGGGACAAAGUGGAUUCAAGAUGGCUCAUUGCAGUGUUGGCCAUUUCUCCUUUGAGAUAGUUCCCUUCAUCCGUAUGGACUGAUAAAGAGGUGUUUUGAUAAUGAGAAAAGAAAAGGUAAAAUGUGCCGAAAAUAGGGGUGGUUGUUGUACAGAUGUUUUGUGAGGUUCAAAGGGCUUUUUCUAUCUAUACAUGAUUGUAGUUAAAUAUUAUUUUAAGCUUUUCCUUGCUUCUCACUUUAUUCCUCAUUUUGUGACAGUGAAUGAUUUAUUUGGUCUCACAUUUUCCUUUUCAUAUUAUGUUGUCUUUUUAAGUAAUGAGUUUGUAUUCAA